AUGACAUAUAUAAUAUGUUCGCGAACGUUAGAUUGUGUGACUGCUCGUAAUCUUGAGCUUAUUUGCAACAUCGUCGAUCCACAUAGUAAUCACUCACUUUAUGGUGUCCUAAAUAACACGUUUACGCCUAUGGGAGCUCGUUUGUUACGGACAAAUAUUCUUCAACCAUUGAAUGGUAGUGACUUGAAACAUUCUUCUCAGUUCAAGCAGGUUACAACGUCUCGUGGUUUUAAACAUUCCAAUUUAAUUUUUGUCAUUCAUGUAGCUCUCAAACCAUUUCAAGAUAUUGAUCAUUUAAUUACAGCUCUAAUCCAAGUCCCUCAAAAACCAUCUAUUAAACAUGCUGAACAGAGUAUUAAUAAUGUGAUAAUGCUUAAACAUACAUUGAAGCUAAUUGAAAAAUUGAGAGAAGCAUUGAGUGGGUGCAAAAAUUUGUUGUGCGCAAUACAUAAGUUUCUUUCGGAUCCAAGGUUGACAAUGCUCGAGGAACGUAUAAAUGAAGUAAUAAAUGAAGAUAUUACAUAUCAAAAAAGUUCGCUUGGAUUAAGGAAUCAACGUUGUUAUGCUGUUAAGACGUUGGCAACUCGACAAACUUACAAAGAAACAGUCAACGAUAUAUACAAAAAAGUGGAACAAUAUAAUAAACAAUAUGAUAUCCCAUUAAAAAUACAGUUCAGUCCGACAACAGGAUUUUAUUUGUCUAUUUCAGUUGAACAUUUGGGCGAGCGCCAACUCCCUCUCGUAUUUAUCAAUGUUAGCAAGAAAAAGAAGACCCUGACUUUUACUACAUUGGAAUUGAUGAAAAAGAAUACUAAAAUUAAUGAUUCUCUAACUGAAGUUUAUUUGAUGUCGGACAAGACAAUCGAAGAUCUGAUCUUAGAAAUACGGGGUAGCAUUGCUGUCUUUUAUAAGGCAUCUGAAUCAAUUGCCAUGCUGGAUAUGUUAACAUCUUUUGCCCAUCAAUGUACCGUUUCGAAUUAUGUUCGUCCUGAAUUCACAGAUACAUUGGCUAUUAAAGAUGGAAGACAUCCAAUGCGCGAAUUUCUCUACACAGAUCACUUUGUUCCUAAUGAUACAUAUGCGAGCGAUGCUACAAAUUUUCAAUUAAUAACUGGACCAAAUAUGAGUGGCAAGAGCACUUAUUUGAGGCAGAUUGCCUUGAUGAAUAUUAUGUCACAGCUUGGAUCAUUUGUUCCCGCGGAAUACGCAUCUUUCAGACUGGUUGAUCAACUUUUUACACGUAUAUGUAAUGACAAUAACAUUGAAACCAAUGCAAGUACUUUUAUCGUCGAAAUGAGAGAAACUGCAUACAUUUUGCAAAACAUAACUGACAACAGUUUAGUUAUUAUAGAUGAACUCGGAAGAG